AGAGCGCGCGUGUGUUUUUCCGAGCCUAGACCCGCCAACCCAAGAGGGUAGAUCGAUCUCUGCACUGAAGGCGGUGGAAUUCUAUAAAAUAGUCAGUUGGGCGAAAUUGAACAGCAGUACCGAGUUAGAUGUGCAUCGAGCAGCACUACAUUUAAAAGAACGAAGAAUCGGAGUUUUGAGUGUGUCGAACAAAACUUGUGAAUCUCCGAAGUGAAGUUGGUGCUGGUUGCAGUUUUUUUACGUAACAACUGUUAAACGACCAAAAAUCGAGUGCUUCGUUCGCAAAGAAACAAUAUGAAUCUCAUAACCACCGCCGCACUGGUGGUAUUGAUGGCCGUGACGGCCACCAACGCCGACGAAUGGAACUGGCUGAACAACGGAGAAACCUUUAUGGACGACUUGAUCCGCGAGAAACGACAAGACGGCAGCCAAAAUGUGACAGAAGUUGGCGAUGACGACAUUAUCAACUAUAUCCUGGACAGCGGUCGCCAGGGCCGUAGUUUGGAGGGUUUCGAUGAGAUCUACACCGACCCCUCGGUCAUGCAAGCGAUCCAGAACUCCGAUGACGCUGAAGCACGCAACAUCAUCAAGGAGAAACUCUGCGCUCUUGGACUCAUGCAGUGCGAUGGUGAACUUGUCGACGGCAGACGUCCCUACCUGAACCCCCAAAACCUCAUCUACGCUCAACCCGUUGCCCUUAAACCAGUUGGCCGUCCAAUCGCUACCAUCCCUGUCCGUGGCCCACCUGGCCCUCCUCAACAAGGCCCUCAAUACUACCAAAAACCACCUCAACAAAAACCUCACCAAGGUCCUUAUGGCCCACCUCAACCCAUGCCACUCCCUCCUAACCGUCCUCAACAAAAAGUUGGAUUUUCCUCUCAACAGCCACCCUAUGGCGGUCCCAAUUCCUUCCAAGGUAGUUCCUCUUUUGGCGGCCUCUAUUCCAGUCAAUCCAAUUCCUUUUCAUCCUAUCCCUCAAAACCUUUAGGUCCAAUUUACGAAGGCAGUGACAUCCCUUACGAAUUCGAAAACCCCAACAAACCACCAGGCGUCAUUAUCGGCGAUGGACCAACCGUAUUGAAGACUCCACCAGUCGAACAGCACAUCCACCACCACUACCAUCACAUCGAAGGAGGAAAAGGCGAGAAAACCGUCGUCGUUAACAACCCCAUCCCAUUAGCCCCAGAAAUUAUCACUGGAUCGGCUGUCGGUGGUAGCUCAUCUUCCAGCAAUAGCCUGUACUCUUCUAGUGCGUACGGAAACUCUGGAAGCUCUAGUCUAGGCGGUUUCAACCCAUCUGGUGGCAAGGACUUCGAUUAUCAAGAUCUGAAGGGAUCCACCAACAGCAACAACAACUUCGGACAGUUCGGAAACUACGCUUCACAGUCUAAGCCAAUCAGCGGUACUUCGAACAACUACUACAGCCAAGCCCCAGCCACAUUUGGCAGCUCCUCGAGCAAUACCGUUUACGGUUCGUAUUCUGUCGAUAAUGCUGGAAGCGGUAGCAGCAGCAAUAACAACUACAACGCAUUGAGCAGCGGUAACUAUCAGACUAGCCAGGGAGGAUUCCACUCGUCCAACCCUAACCUUUACAAAAAAGAACUGAACGUCAAAGGGCCAGCCAACGGAUUGAACAGCUACAGCAGCGACUACAGCAAAUACAGCCAACAGUACAACGGACAGUACAGCAAUACCAACAAUAACAACAAUGGUCAGUUCAACCAGAACCAGUACUCGAUCAACAACGGACAGUACAAUGGCAACAGCAAUGCUCAAUACAGCGGUAACAAUGCCUUCAGCAACCGUAACGAGGAUUGUGUUUGCGUUCCAUACGACCAGUGUCCAGCACAAGAUGUCGUUGGCCGUCGUGACGAUUUGAUCCUUCCGUUGGAUCCCCGCAAUCUGAAGACCGAUAUCCAAGCCGACACCGAGCAAGUUGUUAUCACCGAUGCCAAGGGCGUUAUGACCAUCGUCCAAGCCCCGAAGAACAUAACUGCAGAAGCCCGAUCUGCCAACGUUACCGAGCCAGCUAAGAAGAUUACCAAGCGAGAAGCGGCCGCUACAGCGAAAUCAGACAAGAGCGAUGACAAAGCCAACAUCGAACCGCGUUUGUUGGGAGGUGGCCACGGUGGUGAAGGAGGAGGUGGAAAGAAAGUUGUUCCUACCUUUGGGGUGUCCUUUGGUCUACCGUAUCCUUCGUACCCGUUGAACCCUUAUGGGCCGAAUCCCGCCGGGAAUCCCUACUUUGGUUCUAUUGGUGCAAAUGGUCUCAAUCUCGGGUUGGUCAACGUAAACCCUCUGUUUUCCUUCCAAGUCACGAAGGAUGAGUACGGCGAUAAGGUCGUGAAACCGCUCGUCAACCUCCACGUGACUCCUACUGAAAAUAUUGUUCAUAAAGUGGGCCAUCUGCUGUCCGCUAAAAAGCAAAACAUUCUGCACGUUUUCAAUCAGCACGAUCACGUUCACAACCACUAUGGUUAUCCUCCACCACCACCUGUCUACCGCCCUCCACAUGGACCACCAUUCAUCCAUGGUUCAUCGCCUUCCUUCGGUCCAGCUGGUCCAGAGCUUAUCUUCACGAAACCUCCAGGACCUGUCUAUAACGGUCCUGGGCCUAUCCAUCACGGUCCUGGACCUCUAUAUCCUCGUCCCCCUGGCCCUGGACCCAUAUAUCCUGGCCCAAUCCGACCUUCAGGUCCUCCAUUCAUCCCAAGCGGCCCUCCACAACCUCCAUUUUAUGGACCAAGACCUCCUUUCUACCGGGACGCUGCUUCCUCAUCUGACGUAGAAUUAGACUACAAUCCCAGUGACAUCGGUAGAGCUGCAAACAUUUCCUUCCCUCAGCAGCAACCCCCGAUCGGUAACUUCCAGUACCAAUCGGUCUAUCCCCAGAACCAACCCGACUCCCUCAAUCAGAAUAGAGUACACUAUGGUAGACAGUAUCAAAACUAUCAAGAUAGUAACGUAAGACUUCCACCUACUCAGAACGUGCCAACACCAGCACCAGGACAUUCCGAAGGUAGUAACACCGUUAGCUUCCCACGUAGUCGUCGAUCCACCGACGUUCCGGCUCCGGACCAGCUGGAACCCUUGGAACCGCUCAAGGAAAUUGACUCACAGGCAGUACCUAGUGAACAGGUUGAAGUACAGGAAAAAUCUAUUUCAGCAGAGAAGCGUCAGGCAUACUUUGGAGCUCGUCCCCAACAGCAGCAACAGCAACAGUGCCCAGCUCGCAGCGUUUGCUGUCGUCGUCCAGCUUACCGUCCUCCGCAACAACCUUCCCAUGCCAAUCUGGGCAAGUGUGGUCUUCGCAACGCCCAAGGCAUCAAUGGUCGCAUCAAGAAUCCAGUCUACGUCGAUGGGGACAGUGAAUUCGGUGAAUACCCAUGGCAGGUCGCCAUCCUGAAGAAGGAUCCCAAGGAAUCGGUUUACGUCUGUGGAGGUACUUUGAUCGACAAUCAGUACAUCAUCACCGCUGCUCAUUGUGUUAAAACUUACAACGGCUUCGAUCUCCGCGUUCGUCUGGGCGAAUGGGACGUAAACCACGAUGUUGAAUUCUAUCCGUACAUCGAACGGGAUGUUAUCUCCGUGCAGGUUCACCCCGAGUACUACGCCGGUACCCUCGACAACGAUUUGGCCAUCCUGAAGAUGGACCGUCCGGUUGACUUUACCGGAACUCCACACAUCUCGCCAGCUUGUCUACCCGAUAAGUUCACCGAUUUCUCCGGACAGCGCUGCUGGACAACCGGUUGGGGUAAGGAUGCCUUCGGCGAUUACGGCAAGUACCAGAACAUCCUCAAGGAAGUCGAUGUGCCAAUCGUGAACCACCACCAGUGCCAGAACCAACUCCGUCAGACUCGUCUUGGAUAUAGCUACAACUUGAACCCGGGUUUCAUUUGUGCCGGCGGAGAGGAAGGUAAGGAUGCGUGCAAGGGUGACGGAGGUGGCCCAUUGGUUUGCGAACGCAAUGGAAGCUGGCAAGUUGUUGGUAUCGUGUCCUGGGGUAUCGGUUGCGGAAAGGCUAACGUGCCUGGAGUCUACGUGAAGGUCGCUCACUACCUGGACUGGAUCAACCAGGUCCGCGCACGGUUCUAGACCCAACAAGAGACCGAUCCCAGAGCAUGUUAGAGGAUUUAGUAUUUAUUGACGACUCAUAUUUAUUGCGUAAGAUGAAAGCAAGCGAGAACUUAACCAGUGAUACUCGAAACGGAUGUAUAUGAUGAUAAACGAUGAUUUUUUUU